CAAUGAGAAGUAACUUAUUUGUACAUACCCCCCGUACUGACGCUCAUUCUGGUAACUAUCACCCUACAAAACACUAAAUUCAGAGGGUUAGAAAACACAGCAUCGAAAUCCUAUAUAAAGGGAUGAACUGAAGGAUGCGGUAGUAGGUUUGCGGUAGUCGUUAUCUAGAAAGAUGGAAAAUAUGCGAUUGUCAUUCGUGUUUCUUUUCAUUGUAUUCAUGUACAUGAACUCUGGUUUUGCAAAGAGUACGAAGCGUGUGUGCGAGCAUACAACAAUGCACAUAAUCUGUCCGUCAGGUCAAGUGAUACAAAUUCAAAGAGCAAUGUAUGGGCGAUACACAAUUAGUUAUUGCGGCUGGAAUAUCUUUCAAGGACGUUGUAACUCGCACUCUAGCAGAUCUUUACAUGAAGUAAAAUUAAGGUGCCAGAACAAGAGAUCGUGUAGCGUGAAUGCUGUUAACGGGGUGUUUGGUGAUCCUUGCUAUGGAACGAGAAAAUAUUUAGAAGUUGAUUAUUCCUGCAGAAAUUUACCAGUUGAUGGAGGAUACACAAGGUGGAAUAUCCAAAGGUGUUCUCGCACCUGUGGUGGAGGGACAAAAACAUUUACUAGGACAUGCACAAAUCCUUCUCCAAAAUUUGGAGGAAAGAACUGCGAAAGGCUUGGUCCAGCAACAUUCUCAAAAGCAUGCAAUUCUAAACCAUGCCCAAUCAACGGUGGUUACAGCAAGUGGAAAAAAGAUGGCGUUUGCUCUGUUAAAUGUGGAGGUGGAAUGCAGUCACUAAAAAGAACGUGUACAAAUCCUUCUCCUCGAUAUGGAGGAUUAGAUUGUACACGUCUUGGUCCUUCUUCAUCUACACGUGCUUGCAAUCAACAUGCCUGUCCAAUUAACGGUGGUUACAGCAAAUGGGAAAAGUAUGGCGCUUGCUCUGUUAAAUGUGGAGGGGGAAUGCAGUCACGUAGAAGAACGUGUACAAAUCCUUCUCCUCGAUAUGGAGGAUUAGAUUGUACACGACUUGGACCUAAUUCAUCUACACGAGCUUGUAAUCAACAUACCUGUCCAAUUUCGCUGAAGAGAGUAUGCCAAGAUGAAACUUUACAAAUCAAAUGUCCUCCCGGCUACAUGGUCAGAAUUUAUGAUGCACUGUACGGCCGCACCUCAAAAGCAUAUUGCCAAUGGAGAUCCAACUACAGCAGGAGGUGCAGAUCUCAUUUUUCAUUUUCUCAAACUGCGAAUAUGUGUAAUAACAAGAGAACAUGUUCUGUCCCGGCAACAAAUAAAGUGUAUGGCAACCCGUGUUUUGGAACUCAUAAAUAUUUAGAAGUCAAGUACUUUUGCGAGCCCAAGACGAUUGUUCUUCAACUCAAACGGGUAUGCCAGGACAAAACCAUGACAAUCGACUGUGGAAAAAUGAGAAUCCACAUCAAGGGUGCAAGUUAUGGUCGCACUUCAAAAAAAUAUUGCGGUCACAAAAUCUUUCAUCAGUCAAACUGUCACGCCAAAUCAUCAUUGCGUGUUGUGACGUCACUAUGUGAAAAUAAGAAACGAUGCAUUGUGAAAGGAUCAAACAAAGUUUUUGGUAAUCCAUGCAUAUCCACGUCGAAGUACUUGGAAGUGUCGUAUGCUUGCACAUAAAAUGUGGAAUUCAGGGAGAAUCGCAGCUACGUUUCGGAUACAACUUGUUAAAAUUGUAAAAUUGUAAUCACUGUUUGCAAAAAUAAAAUCUCCUAGAAUUUCUUCAUGUCAUCUAGACAAAA